CUCAUUUUCAUUUUGUUGGUUUCAUCUCAAUUCCCACAUCAUGUCUGGUUCUAAUGGUGCCAAAGAGAAUUCCCACAACAAGGCUCGGACAUCUCCUUACCCAGGUUCCAAAGUUGAACGAAGCCAGGUUCCUAAUGAGAAAGUGGGCUGGCUUGUUGAGUGGCAAGACUAUAACCCUGUGGAAUACACUGCAGUCUCUGUCUUGGCUGGACCCAGGUGGGCAGAUCCUCAGAUCAGUGAAAGUAACUUUUAUCCCAAGUUUAAUGAAAAGGAUGGGCAUGUUGAGAGAAAAAGCCAGAAUGGCCUGUACGAGAUUGAAAAUGGAAGACCGAGAAAUCCUGCCGGACGAACAGGACUGGUUGGUCGGGGGCUUUUGGGACGAUGGGGCCCAAAUCAUGCUGCAGAUCCCAUCAUAACUAGGUGGAAAAGAGAUAGCAGUGGAAAUAAAAUCACCCACCCUGUUUCUGGGAAACAUAUCUUACAGUUUGUUGCAAUAAAAAGGAAAGAUUGUGGAGAAUGGGCAAUCCCAGGGGGGAUGGUGGAUGCAGGAGAGAAGAUUAGUGCCACACUGAAAAGAGAAUUUGGUGAGGAAGCUCUUAACUCCUUACAGAAAUCCAGUGCUGAAAAGAAAGAAAUAGAGGAACAGUUGCACAAACUCUUCAGCCAAGAACAUCUGGUGAUAUAUAAGGGAUAUGUUGAUGAUCCUCGAAACACUGAUAACGCAUGGAUGGAGACAGAAGCUGUGAACUACCAUGAUGAAACAGGUGAGAUAAUGGAUAAUCUUACUCUAGAAGCUGGAGAUGAUGCUGGAAAAGUGAAAUGGGUAGACAUCAGUGAAAAACUCAAGCUUUAUGCCAGUCACUCUCAAUUCAUCAAGCUUGUGGCAGAGAAACGAGAUGCACACUGGAGCGAGGACUCUGAAACUGACUGCCAUGGGUUAUAGCUCGUGGUCUCCACAUAAGCCAAAGGCCAAUAAAGGAGCAUGUGCUAAAAAGAAGGUGAUAUCAUAGAAUUCAUACUGUAAAUAGGGCAGAGUAGAUCACUUGGAAAUUAUUUUAUUCACUUUUCAAAACAUUUGCAUGCAGAAGGUUUUGCAUUGGAGUAAAAUGAGUAAAUAUGAAAAGGAAGAUAGAAUUUUCAGUUUUCUGGUCAAAAGGAAUAUAAAUUGUCAUGUUUUGUAUGUAUUGUAUUUAAACAUGGUUUAAAUCAAAUUCAAACAACUGAUGCUCUUGAAGAAUUAUAAUCGUAAUAAAGAUCAAUUCCUGAUCUGCCAUAA